ACAGAAACAUUUCCUCCAUUUGUCACUGAAAUGGUUUAGAGGAACAAUGAAUACCAAAGGCACUGUUAUAAUCCUAUUUCUCUGCUUUUUCACUCUAUUUUCCUCCACAGACUGUAAAGAAUGUGACAAUGUAUUAGAAGGGGACAAUCUCACAUUUGUACUGGUUGAUGAUAAAAAUCCACUUGCUGAUAAUGAUCGAUUCACUGUAAAAAAAGAUAAUACAAUUAAAGUCCCCAAAAGGAAGUGGAAUGAAAAUGGACCAGGGAUUGUUGAAGGUAAUUCCCUGAAGUUGCUGUAUGCGAAUAUUAGUGAUUCUGGAACAUACACCGUUGAGGUUUAUGAUGAAAAGGGAAACAACAAAAAAUCACACUCCAAAACCUACUGUGUUUAUGCAAAAGUCCAGAAGCCAAUAUUGAAUAUUACAUGCUUGGAGACAAAAGUUGCCAUCAGAUGUGAGGUUAAAGGUGACAACGUAGCAUUUGAAAAAUGGCACAAAAAUGGAAAAGAAAUCAAGAAAGAUAUAAACUUUACUACAACUUUGGAGGACACAUCAGAGUACACCUGUACUGCAAAAAAUCCUAAGGAUACCAACAGAAGUAAACCAUUGCGAGUAGCAUGUGCUAUGAAACUCUUUGGCUUUGACUUCUGGAUCAUGGUGGGGAUCUUAGCUGGUGGUGGAUCUCUCGUACUGUUUCUGGUACUGUUGAUGGUGAUUUGUUCCUGCCAUGCCUGUAAACGAAGAGAGAAACAACAGCGCGAUGAAGAAGAGUUGAGACUGAACUACAAUAAUCUCUCUCAAUCUCAACAAAAAUCUAAGCAAACAGCAAGAGGUCAGCCAGCACCUCCCGAACCCUACGAUGAUGUUUCUGCCCAGGACAUCCCGAGUCAGGCUCAACCCAAGCCCAGGAGCCAGCCACGUGGCCGUCCUCCACCGCCUCCAAUAGAUGAUGAUGAGGAACAACCUCCCCCUUUACCCCAACCUAGAAAAAAUGCCCAGGUCAAAAGGCAUGAAGAACCAUAGCAAUAGACGAGAGAGUACACCAGCUAGGUCACACUCUGGCUUGCGGCAGCACCUGAACCAGCUUUCUGUCACUAUGCAACGAAGAUGCACAUGAUUAACCCUACUGAUAUCCAGCAAAUACACAUCAGGACAAUAAUCAUUUUAAAAGAGCAUCUAAUUUUAUUUAAAUGUUUAAAACAUUGUUCAUUCUUCCUCCCCCCCCUUUCCAUAUUUAUAACCCCUUUCUUUGAUUUCUUUCUAUUAACUAUUUUUGUUUUGAUUCUUAUUCAUUCUUAUUACUUGAAAAUCUUUCAUUUAACAGAAACCAGACAAUGUGCUGAGAUUGGACCUUUUGUAAUAAUUGUAGCUGUGGUAGGACAUUGUUUCAAAAACACAUAGCAAGAACCCGUUUAAUGACACUUAGUCGGGUCUGUUCUUUUCUUAUCGCUGCCUGCAUAUUUCCUGUGUGUAGCCGAUAUAAGAGUUUUUUUUUUUUCACACAUCAUGUCAAACACCAUUUUUUUCCCAUUUUCUUGACAACAAAUGAGAUGUGUCAGUAAAGCUGUUUGACGUGUGUUCGCUCCUGGCCACGGUUGAAAAUGUCAAAAUGUGAAACAAUUAAAACUGACACAUCAUUCUUAGAUUUAUUACUAUGUAUUAUAAACUUAUAUUAUUAAUCAAUAUAUGGUAGGAUGUUUUUGUUGUUACUAUGAGUCAUUUGAAUCUAAAAUUUGAAGUGUAUAUAUGAUUAUGAUCCUCAUGUGUGAAAUCGACUAACCUAAUUAAAUAAAUAAAUGUAUUAAA